AUGACAACCAGUCCAUUUGAAGGAACACAUCAGUUCAUUUCAAAUAAUGAAAAAGUGCGAGAUGAAGAUACCUGGUCGGCUAUAGAUGCACAUUUUAAUCAAAUGGGGUUGGUACGACAACAGUUGGAUUCUUUUAAUGAAUUUAUUAACCGUACGAUGCAAGAAAUUGUUGAUGAGGAUAAUACUGUGACUGUAAGUUCCAUUCCCUCUGCUGGUAGAGAAUCUUCUAAAAGUAUAACACUUAAAUUCGGGAAUGUUCACGUUUCCAAGCCACCUACCAUUACAGAAGCAGAUGGAACUACGCGGCAUCUUCUCCCUUUAGAAGCACGGUUAAGAGAUCUCACUUAUAAUUGUUCUGUUUUUUUGGAUAUUACUCGUACUGUCAAAGAUGGAAAUAGUUCACAAGAUUAUUUUCAUAAAAUGACGCCUAUCGGAAACAUACCAAUUAUGUUACGAUCCAAUUUUUGUUGUUUAGAUGGUCUAACUGACAGAAACUUGGCACAAGUUGGUGAGUGUCCUUUUGAUUCGGGUGGAUAUUUUAUUGUGAAUGGUUCAGAAAAAGUGCUUAUUGCACAGGAAAGAAUGGCAACAAAUGUUAUUCAUGUCUUUGAAAAAAAAGAUGCAAAUUUCACAUACUAUUCUGAAAUCAGAUCCACUCCGCAAAAAGGUAGUAAAACACCGUCUUCUUUGAUCAUUAAAAUAAUGCCUAAAACAGAAACAGAAUUUCUCAUUCGUUGCAAUUUGCCUCAAAUUAGACAAGAUAUUCCUGUCAUAAUUGUUUAUAGAGCACUUGGAUUUGUAUCUGAUAAAGAAAUUUUAGAACAUCUUAUUUACGAUCCAAAUGAUAAAGAAAUGUUACAAAUGAUCAGACCAUCAAUAGAAGAGGCAUUUGUCAUACAGGACCAGGUCGUUGCCUUGGAUUAUAUCGGUAAAAGAUGCUCACCAAUUGGUACAACUAAAGAAAAAAGAAUUGCAAACGCAAAGGAGCUGUUAAUAAAAGAAUUUUUGCCUCAUAUUGGUGACAAACAAUUUUGUGAAAUGAGAAAGGCGUAUUUCUUCGGUUACAUGAUUCAAAAAUUGCUGAAAGUUGCUAUGAAAAGAAUCGAUCCUGAUGAUCGUGAUCAUUAUGGUAAGAAGAGGAUGGAUUUGGCCGGUCCUCUGCUUGCACAAUUGUUUAAAAUGCUGUUCAAGAAAAUGGUGAGUGACACUUCCAAAUUUUUACAAAAAUGUAUCGAAAAUAAUCGUGAUUUUAAUAUUGCUUUGGCAGUCAAGUCAAAUAUCAUUACACAAGGUUUCAAAUAUUCAUUGGCAACAGGUAAUUGGGGAGAUCAAACACGUGCUAUGCAGUCUAAAUCUGGGGUGUCACAAGUUCUGAACCGUUACAAUUUCAUUUCUACUUUGAGUCAUUUACGUAGAGUGAACUCUCCAUUAGGCCGUGAUGGCAAAUUGGCCAAACCUAGACAGUUACACAACUCACAUUGGGGAAUGAUCUGUCCAAGUGAAACACCAGAAGGUCAGGCCUGUGGUCUUGUAAAAAAAUUGUCACUUCUGGCUUACAUAUCUGUUAAUCAAUCUUUUGAGUCUAUCAUUGAAUUGUUGGACGAGUUUGCAUUGAGAGCACUUGAAGAAGUUUCGCCUGCAGACGUUAAUAAAUCAACAAAAGUAUUCGUAAAUGGCACUUGGGUUGGAAUUAUAGACGAUCCAAACUCAAUUUAUAACCUAUUUAAAAGUUUUCAAAGACAUGGCUCAUUUGCAAAAGAUGUUUCAAUUGUUAGGUCAUUCAGAGACAAGGAGAUCAAAAUAUUUUGUGAUGCAGGCCGGCCUUGUAGACCACUUUUCACUGUUACAAAUAGUAAAUUGAACUAUUCAAAAAAUAUUGCAGAUGGUUUGAGGAAUGGCGGUAUAUUUUGGAAUGAUCUCGUUCAACAAGGCACGUAUGUGGAAUAUUUAGAUGUUGAAGAGGAGGAUCAGGCAAUGAUUUGUAUGGUGCCCGAUCAAUUAAUUGAACAGUCAAAAUCUUUGGUAACAAAUUACACUCAUUGUGAAAUUCAUCCAAGUAUGAUUCUUGGCAUAUGUGCCUCAAUGAUACCAUUUCCGGAUCAUAAUCAGUCCCCACGUAACACUUAUCAAUCUGCAAUGAGUAAACAGGCCAUGGGCAUCUACGCCACGAAUUUUCUGCUUCGAAUGGACACGUUGUCGAAUAUUCUCUUCUACCCACAAAAACCUCUUGUAACCACACGUGCAAUGGAGUAUUCUAAAUUUAGAGAAUUGCCAGCUGGACAAAAUGCAAUUGUCGCAAUAGCUUGCUAUUCUGGAUACAAUCAAGAAGAUUCUAUUAUUAUGAAUCAAUCUGCAAUCGACAGGGGCCUGUUCAGAUCGUUCCUUUAUCGUACAUACACUGAUCAAGAAAAAAUGAACGGUCCAAAUUGUAAAGAGUCUUUCAAAAAACCGGUAAAAGGUGAAGUAUUAAGGAUGAAGAAUCUAAAUUAUUCUAAACUGGACGAUGAUGGGCUGGUAAGUCCUGGCAUUAGAGUAACAGGUGAGGAUAUUUUGAUUGGUAAGGUCUUGCCUAUCAUUGAUAGAAGUAAUAGUAAUCAGUUUAGCAAUGAUGAUCAAAACACGUCUUCUACCAAUCCAGAAACAGCACACUCACGAGAUCUGAAUAUUCAGUAUAAAGAUGCCUCUACGGCCAUGAGACCUACAGACGAAGGUGUCGUAGAUUCUGUGAUUGUUUCAAACAAGGAAGGAUAUAAAUUUACAAAAGUCAAAGUAAGAUCAACUCGUAUUCCUGAAUUGGGCGAUAAAUUCGCUAGUCGACACGGUCAAAAAGGUACAAUAGGUAUAACAUUGCGUCAAGAGGAUAUGCCAUUCACUAAAGAAGGAAUUGUGCCAGAUAUUAUCAUUAAUCCUCACUGUAUACCUUCUCGAAUGACUAUCGGUCACUUAAUUGAGUGUUUGCUUGGAAAGGUGUCUGCUUUGGUAGGUGAAGAGGGCGAUGGAACACCCUUUUCAGAUGUUACUGUUGAACAGAUUGCCAAUCAACUUGAAGAGCAAGGUUAUCAAAGACAUGGUCUUGAAACAAUGUACAAUGGUAUGACAGGUCAAGAAUUGACUGCUAAAAUAUUUAUAGGACCAACUUAUUAUCAAAGAUUGAAACAUAUGGUAAAAGAUAAGCUACAUGCCAGAGCAAGAGGUCCAUUGCAAAUUUUAACAAGACAGCCAGCUGAAGGACGAGCCAGGGAUGGUGGCUUGAGAUUUGGAGAAAUGGAGCGUGAUUGCAUUAUUUCUCAUGGCGCAUCACUUUUUUUGAGGGAAAGGCUGUUCGAAGUCUCAGAUUUCUUUGAAGCAAUCGUUUGUGAAGAAUGUGGUCUUUUCUGUUUAGAGGACGGGUGUAAAGCAUGUGCAAAUAGAACAAACAUAGCAAAAGUGGAAAUGCCAUAUGCUUUCAAACUUCUUCUACAAGAAUUGAUGGGAAUGAACAUUGCACCACGUUUGCGACUUUCCGAUGAAACUUAUUGA